ACUAGUUUCGUGAGUAGAAUGCCACCGCUCUUCUUCUUCUCUCUCUCUGAAAGUCUUGUUUAAAUAUGAUUCUCAAUUGUUCACUUUUUUGUCUCACCAUAAGCCUUCUCCAAUUCCAACUUUCUUCUCUGUUAGUUUAACACUCUUCAAACUACAAUACCCACCUCUUCAAAUCUCUCUUUAACCUUCACAAAUUUCAUUGUUUUUUUUUUUUUUUUAAGUUAUAUCAUCAUUUUCUCCACGUAAUUCAGGGUGAAUCUUGUAUUGGAGGCAUAGGUUCUCCAUGGGUGAAGCUCCGGCUUUCACUGCGGAUGAUCUGCAGAAUGGGAAUGGAUUUCCAAUUUCAAAUGGCUUUGUAUUGAAAUCCAAAACCAGUGAAACAACCACUGUUAUUGGUGAUAAAACAUACCUUAUCGCUGGAAGUGAUGAAUCUAUUGGAGUUGAGAUUUAUAACAAAUCAACUGGAAAAUGGAUGAUUCCUAUUGUGCUUGGCAAAGGUCCCAAGCCAAGUAAAGGCCAUUCGGCGUUUGCUAUAAAUGAAGAUCGAUUGUUGGUUAUUAAGAAGGGUGCUUCUCCAGAGGACUGUAUUUGGUUUCUUGAGGUGGACACCCAAUAUGUUCGGGAGCAGAAGAAAACAGUUAAUGCUGAGAUUGUUGCUUGGAGUAAAGGGGUGAUAGGCAAUGCUUGGAAGCCAAUUGUUAUUAGCGGUCCUUCUGGGGUUGGUAAGGGUACAUUGAUAUCGUUGCUCAUGAACGAAUUUCAGUCCAUGUUUGGAUUCUCUGUGAGCCACACAACUCGUAAACCAAGGGAACUGGAGAAGGAUGGGGUGCAUUACCACUUCACUGAGCGAAGUGUUAUGGAGAAAGAGAUAAAAGAUCGGAAGUUCCUUGAGUUUGCAUCAGUUCAUGGAAAUCUUUAUGGAACUAGUAUUGAAGCUGUUGAGGUUGUAGCAGAUGCUAGAAAGAGAUGCAUUCUUGACAUUGAUGUCCAAGGGGCAAGGUCAGUGAGGGCUGGCUCUCUUGAAGCUAUCUUUAUUUUUAUCUGUCCACCAUCAAUGGAGCAGCUAGAGGAGCGUCUUCGUGCAAGGGGGACUGAAACAGAAGAACAAAUCCUAAAACGACUUCGAAAUGCCAAGGCAGAGAUUGAGCAAGGGAAAACCUCUGGAAUCUUUGAUCAUAUUUUGUAUAAUGAUAAACUUGAUGAGUGUUACGAGAACCUUAAGAAACUAUUGGGUCUUGAUGAAAGUACAGUUGCAAACAAUCAAACAGCACCCAGAGGGAUUGAUUUGCCAGUGGACCAUUCAUUAUCAAAAAUUGAUAGCAAAAUCUUCAUAGACUGUGGGACUCUAGGAUCAGGAAAAGCAUCAAAGAACUUGAUUGUAUUGGAUGUCUCCUUCCUUAAAGGAGGGGCUCCUGGACGGACUAGAGGGCUUGAUGUUUGCACUGUUGAUUCAUAAUCAGAUGGCCUGAAUGGGAUCCAUAAGUUGAGUUAAUGUUCAAUGCAGAUGAUACUAACAUGGUUUUUCAUUUAAAAUUUUUCUCUAAACUCAUUUGUACAACUUAGCUCUAGUUGUGCUUUCAUAAGACUGUGCCAACAAGUUAUUAUCUUUUUUUUUUCCCCUGUUGCAGCAUUCUUUGCUUGCUUUUGAACAGAAAUUGACUUUUAGUAUUUUAACAAUUACCAUGCCCUGCAUGGGUAAUGAGAGAUGAUUCAUGAUUUGUGCGGCAA